UACUUAUCUGUGGAUCCACAUGGCUUGUGCCUUCUAUAGUCUCCGAUUGUAUGGAUAUCCUCAAGGCCAAGGCUCCAAGUAUGGUGAUCAGCGAGCUUGUCGAGCUUUUCCAGUGCGCCCACAACGUAAACAACAAGAAGCUUAUCGACAUUUCUAAAAAUAACUUGAGCCGUUUUAACACCACCAUGAAUUGCUACGAUGCACUGCUUCUGACUUCGGAUGUCUUUGAGCAGUAUGUCAUUCUGGCCGAGGGCUUAUUGCCCGAGAUCGAGCGGUUCAAGAUGAUCCAGUCUUACAUAACCGUUAGUGGAUUGAUCCACCAUGAGACAGCCGAGCCUUCACUGGAUGUCGUCGACGACAAGAAUAAUGAAAAUGACAGUGGUGUUGGUGACGUGGCAAUACCAAAAUCCAAUUCUGAAGACAGCGAGGGCGAAGAUCCACAAACUGAGGGCGAGCCCGGAACUUCAAAGGCGAUUUGCGAUAGCAACGUGCAGAAAACAGAAGUGCAUAAAGAUAGUGAUCUCCUGGAUGAGGCCAAGGAUAGCAAGAUAAAACUCAUACACCUUAAAUACAUAAAAACACUUCUGGGCUACAUCAAAUUCAAUAAUAUGACUAAAAAUGAUGUUUACAACGUAAUUGGCAAGUCCAAUUUGUUGAACUUCAAAGAAAAAUUCGAUGCCCUAUACCUAACUACUUACUAAACCAUAUAUUGGCUUAUUUCAUGUACUUAAACUGGACCGUACUAAAAAAUGAA